UUCAUUGAAAAGUGAAAAAUGUAUUGUUUACACAUAAUUUUAUACGUGCUGAAAUAGAAAAGAAUUUCAACAAAAGCAAAAUUCAAUAAUAAAAAUCGCUCACGGUUGUGAAAUAAAUGUGAAUAGAAAUGAGUGCGGCAAAAAAGAAUUGGACAUUUGAUGAAGUGCAAGCACUGAUACAUGCUGUGCGUAAAAAUCCAAGUUUAUACGAUCGACGAGAUCCUGACUACAAUCAAACACGUACAAAGGAAGAUAUUUGGAAAACGAUAUCAACAAAUGCGGCGAUUGUGGAAAAGAAUGCUGAAGAGUGCAAAAAGAAAUGGAAAACGUUACGCAUUCAACAGCGUCGCAUAAUCAUAAAAAAGAUCAAGAAAAAUGAGAAACGUUCGGCAAUCCAAUGGAAUUGUUACGAAGCCUUGAAGUUUCUAAUACCGCAUAUGGAUUGGACGGCAACCGAUGAGAUAAAAAAAGAUCCUGAGCUGGAUUUAUCAAUUCUGUCCGAUAUGUGUGAUGACGAAGAGCCAGAAGAGUGUGAUGAGACAUACGAAAAUGAAGAGAAUUGUGAAAGUCAAUCGGAAAGCAGUUAUGGCAGUUCACAAAUGUAUCAUGAUGCGUCAGUGACUGAAACAGCCGCCCAAGCAGCCGAUUCGACAAACAUUUCACGUACCGAUGCACUGUGCACGCUAACAACAACACCGAUGUUUACAGCCACCGGUACGCCUGUAACGACAGACAAUAAAAUGAAUCAGUAUUUGGUGGCUUAUUUACCUACAGCAGCACAAGCCAAUCCCAUUCAAAUUCGAAACGAUAUGAUGGACGCACAAGCAAAUUGCGUAUCAAUUAACAAUGGAACGGCAAAUGCACCACAUACAAUGUAUGCCACUUCCGCUGCUGCAGCUGCUGAACCCGCACAAAGUACAACAACCAGUCCGCUCGAUACCAAAUAUUCAAUGAAUAAUCAACAACGAAUCAUCACCGUUCCGGUAUCAACCGGACCAAUUGUCAAUUAUUUUUUAAUGGAUCUCGCCGUACAAAUGGAAAGACUGAAUGACAUCGCUCAAAUGGAACUGAAAAUCGAAAUACAUCGUUUACUGUUGGAAAAAUUGAAAAAUGUGAAUAAUUUGCGUCAAACGCAGACUUCAAUAUGUUUCACAACACCACAAAAUCCGAAUUAAAAUAAUGCAAGGGGAGCAUUGAAUGAUUAGUUAUAAGGGAAAUUGUGUGUUUUUUUUUUUAAUACUUUUAUUUUCGGAUAAAAUAC